AUUUUUUCUAAAUUUAUUCUGCAAGAAGAGCAAAUGUAAUGAAUAUUAUUAUUUUAGGUUACCAAGAGGAUAGUAAAAUAUUUGAUUAAUAUGUUUAUAGCGCUUUUAUUAGUAAUAUCGGAAUGAUGUUGUAUGUUACUUGCUGGAUGGCAUAAUACUGUUAUCAAGCAAAGUCUUACAAUAUUGCAGACUUAACAGGAAUGGACCAUUAUUAGACAUGGGUGAUAAUGAAUAUCGCAGGAGCAAGUUGUCUCUUAUUGGGCUUGUUGAUAAGCUUAGCUAAAAUUGCUAUAGAUUAAGCUGCCUUGGGAUAUGGAUCAUUAGGAAUUAGUUUAAUCGGAUGGAUUCUCAUAACAAUUGGAAUGGGAAUUGGAUCAGACACAGCUUAAGUUUAAAUUUCAACAAUAUAAUAAGUUCAAAGACACAUCCCUUGAUUAUAAUAUUCCAGUGUCAAAUUGGUUUGCAAUGACAGGUAUUUGUUUCCAAAUUUCAUUCAAUGGGUACGAACAUUCAAUAUAGGAAGACGAUAGCACUGGAUAAACCAACAAGUAAGUAGAAAUCUGAUUAAUAAAAUAUAUCAAACAUCAAUAAAUUUAUUCAUUAUAUAAAAA